GAAGGUGGAAUGAGCGUAUGUUUGGAGUUGGUGUUUGUGUUCUAUCUGUCAAAUAGGAUAAGGGAAAGAACCUAACGUCAUUCGUUCUUCUAUCUCAAACGUCACUAUUUCCCCUUCAUUUAACGAAAGAAACGACGGGAAGAACUACUGCGAUUAUGUAUAGGGGUCGUCAUAUGCAGCAGCAACCUGAAAAUUCAGGAGGCCGUACCACAGUAGGACGCACAAUGCAGUAUGUACGGCGACCUGUUGGUGACCAGGUCCGGGAAUCACUCCCAGCCGUAAUUAUUGGAGUGGUGCUCAUAUUAGUUGGGAGUGGCCUCCUCUUCUGGAAUGAGGGCCGCGCUGUUCAGACAUCUCGCAGUCUAGAUGAAGGUUAUAAUUCAGUUGUUCGAGUACAGAGUUCAUCAGCAGUUUUAGAAGAAAAUAAUGGUAAGCUAGUUCAUGUAUGGGGACCCAUAUCUGUCUUGCCCCUGCUCACAGAUGAUUAUUAUGGCGUGGAAAUAAGUGCCAUUAGACUAAAACGUAGAGUUCAGAUGUAUCAGUGGAUUGAGGAAGAGUCAUCCUUGAGACCCGAAGAUACUCCAGAAAUGCCGUCAGACACAUCGUAUAGCUAUUCAUUUGCAUGGCGUGAUAAGGUGGUAGACAGCUCAGCAUUCAACAUUCCAUGGGGCCACGAGAACCCAACGACUAUACCGGUGCCAACAAUUGUGCAGACAGCGGAGAAUGCAAAAGUUGGUGAAUAUUACUUGAGUCCAGCUAUUAAAGAGAGUUUUGUGGAUUUCGCUGCCUUUUCGGGAGAUGAGCAACCGGAGGGAGGGGAUGUGAAGCUGCAUGGAGGAAUGUAUUAUAUCACUCAGGAUAUUUAUAAUCCCGAUAUCGGCGAUCUUAGAAUUCAGUUUUAUUUUGCAGGCAGAGCUGGAGAAGUGGUGAGCAUUAUUGGGCAGCAGAUUGGUGAGACACUGCAUCCAUUUGUCACAAGCACUGGAAGGGAUUAUGAAGUCAUGUCGGAUUCGGGUAAACGCACGGUGGAAGAAAUGUUCUCGUCAGAGCACGCACAGAAUCGGUUGACCUGGAGCUUGCGACUAGGUGGAUGGUUCAUCAUGUUUCUUGGAUUAUGUGUUUCGAAUAUUGUUCACUCAUUAGUUGUAUGCUCUCCACUUUUAAGGGACGUUGUAGCUCUGGGCCUGGGAUCAGCAAAUUUGACAUUGAGUAUGUCUACCUCCCUCGUAAUCAUAGGAGGAGCUUGGUGUAUAUACAGGCCCGGUCUCGCUCUCCUGAUUCUUGUUGUAGCAGCGCUGCCUUUCAUCCGAGCAGCAGCAAAGCAUCAGGGUUCCUUAGGCCAAACAAGAAGAUCUAAUGGGUACAGAAGCAGUACUGAAGACUAGUUUUAUCAAAUGCUGGAAGUUGAUUAUUUUGUUAUGCGUGUGACU